CAACAACGCCACUCAGCCGGGGAGCUCCGCACCCCGCUGGACCGCGGAGUCUGGGGGCGUCGGCAGCAGGUCGCGUGAGGAGCCCCGUCGCAACCCUCACGACACGUUGGGGGGUCCCGCCGGCACUCGGCGCCGCUCUUGCUUUAAAUGGUUUUUGGCCUCACAUGGAACCAUGGGCAGGAAGAGGCUCAUCACAGAUUCCUUCCAAGUGGUGAAGAAGAGAAAAAGAGGUAGCAAGGAAGUACAGGAGGCUCAGACCCCAGCCCAAGUGACAGUCCAGGCAGAGUCUCCUCUACAAGAAGCUGCACAGCCAGAACAGCUGGAGUGGCUGAAGCAGUUUGAUCUCUGCUGGCAAUAUGGUCCCUGCACGGGAAUUACCCGUUUGCAGCGCUGGGAGAGGGCAGACUUGUUGGGCCUGAGCCCCCCUGCCACAGUGCGGGAGCUGCUGCUGAAGCACAGCAGGGACCCUCUUGUUAUAUACAGCCUGUGGCAUGAAUACGCCCUCUGAGAAGAGCAACUGGAGGUACCUCAGGCUGAGAAGGAGCCCCCGCUGCUUUGACGCGAUUGCUUUCUGGAUAAUUCCUUCAUUCCUAUAGCGGACGUUGUUUGGUGGUGGGAAGUAAGGGCCCUGGACAGUGGCCAAGGCCUCCCAGCUGGCCCCCAGUCCUGGUUCUGGCCUCAGCCUUGUCUGCAGCCAACACAGGACUUUUAUCGGGAUCAGCUCCUGCCACUUGGAUUGAAGAAUAAAGACUUGGUUGGGAACGCUGAGGAAGUCUAGGCCAAGUGAAGGUGGUGGCUGAUUUGUGCCAAUUUGCUCUGCUAAAUCGCAAGCCAACCCAGAUGAAUAGCUCUUGAUACAGCAUUUCAUUUUAUCUUCAUAUUAUAUUUUAAAACUAGUUUUGAGUUUUGUAAUGGUCAUUGGCUAUGAUGGAUUGACAGCAUACUCAGAGGGAUUCUGAAAGAUGGAAAUAAUUUGAGUCUUCCCAGGAUACCAAACCAAUUUUAGGUGGGAUGUUGUUCCCUAGUCCCACCCAUUUUGUCUUUCUGUGUACAGAGAGCGCCCCGGGAUUGCUGUCCCUUCAAGAAACAGAGCUCCUGGGUUUGUGCAGUAUGUGCCCCCACGUAAGGACUUAACUGGCUGAAGAGCAGUCACAGACUCCGUUGGAAGUCUGUCUUUAGAAGAUCGGACUCCUUUUGCAGUAAUACCAGCACUAGGCAAUGUUGCUUCUAAGGCCAACAAAAAUGCUGAUGACUAGGCUAACUUGACCCACUAAAAUCUGGGAAUUUAACUUCUGAAAUCCAGAACUUUAGAUUUGCCACAGUGUCCUGGGUUAGGGCCUCUCCCUGCAAUUUGUCUUCCUGCUCUUUUAUUAUUUUUAUUUAUUACAUUUACAUACCACCUUUUUUCCUCUUGUAAGGAACUCAAGGUGGCUUACGUGCUUACGUGAUCCUCUUCCACUCAGUUUUAUCCUCACAAUAACCCUGUGAUGUGGAUUAGACUGAGUCAGUGACUGGUCCAAAGUCAACCAGUGGGCUGAGUGGGAACUAGAACUCAGAUCUCCUGAGUCUCAGUCUGACACUCUAACCACUAUACCAAACUGUCUCUCAAAGUCAGUAUGAUGUAACUGCACACCAAAUAUUCCUAUAUCAUAAAGACCAAACCCACCAUCCUACCAGUUGCACUCCACACAAAAUUGCUUACUUCAACAGGAGGCAGUGGAACCUGGUAGUUCCUGUCCAAUUGUGCCAAUGUGAAAUGAGGUCUAUCAAUUGAGAUUGAAAGUGCUAUCUCAUGGAAAACUACCACAUUUUCUAUAAGUUAACUUGUCUGCUAAGUUACCAGAAGUGUAGCCCACCAGUUAUGAGUGUCUAAUUCUUUAAAGACUUAUUUACCCCA